ACCGGAAGCGGUCAGGACUGGAAGUGAAACCCCGACCUCCGUAACAUCGAUUAGCCGGGAAUACUAGAAAAAACGACGAAAUGACUCAAUAACCAUGGUGUGUGGAGUCGCUGAAGGACUGUCAGCCCUGGCAAGCUCUUAGUAACACCUGAAGUCAUAGAGACACCAACAGAGUUUCACAGCAGUCGGACCACUUUAGAUUCACUGCCACAUCCUGAUAUCUUUGAGGGACAAACAGUUCUACAGCAUUAUCAUGACGUGUCGGGACCGCACACUUGAGUUCCAGUCGGCUUGUAAGUCACUGCAGGGGAGACAGUUACAGAAUGGAACUCACUCUAAACCUGCCGUUAAUGCCCUUAAACAGCGCAGUGACUUCACUCUCAUGGCCAAGAGAAUUGGGAAAGACUUGAGCAACACAUUUGCCAAGCUUGAAAAGCUUACAAUCUUGGCCAAAAGAAAGUCUUUGUUUGAUGAUAAAGCAGUGGAGAUUGAGGAGCUAACAUACAUCAUUAAACAGGAUAUCAACAGUCUGAAUAAGCAGAUAGCACAGCUGCAAGACCUUGUGCGAUCUCGCAGUGGGCAAAAUGGCCGCCACAUCCAGACACAUUCCAACACAAUUGUCGUCUCCUUGCAGUCUAAGCUGGCAUCAAUGUCCAAUGAUUUCAAGUCAGUUCUGGAAGUGAGAACAGAGAAUCUGAAGCAGCAGCGCAGCAGAAGAGAGCAUUUCUCCCAAGCUCCUGUUUCUGCCUCUCCUCUACUCGCCAAUAACUUCAACAGCUCAGUUCUGAUGCAGGAUGAGUCCAGGAGUCUGGGAGCAGAAGUGGCCAUCGACAUGGAUUCGAGAGCAAACCCUCUACAGCUGCAGCUCAUCGAUGAACAGGACUCGUAUAUCCAGAGCCGAGCGGACACCAUGCAGAACAUCGAGAGCACAAUCGUGGAGUUGGGCUCCAUCUUUCAGCAGCUGGCACACAUGGUCAAAGAGCAGGAGGAGACGAUUCAGAGGAUCGACGCUAACGUGGACGACACAGAGCUGAACGUGGAAAUGGCCCACGGCGAGAUCCUGAAGUACUUCCAGUCCGUCUCCUCCAACCGCUGGCUCAUGAUCAAGAUAUUCCUGGUACUCAUCGUCUUCUUCGUCAUCUUUGUGGUCUUCCUCGCUUGAGGUGGAAUGACCUAGACUGUAAAGGGCUGCAAACCGAGCCAAAGGGUUUGAAGGAGGGAAGGAGCAGGCAAUGGACUUAUGGGCGAAUGUGCAAAAAAACACAAACUCAAGUGGACCGGGCCACAGAGACUCUGGCUCUCAGGAUAGGUUGGGUUGGGAUGGGGUAACGAUGCUCAUUAAUAGAAAUGCUUUUAGUCCGAGUGACUGGAGUCAGAUUUCUGUCCCAGUCUGGAUAAUGAUUAUGAAGGUGGAUCUGAGAUUUACUGUGUAUUUAGAUGGAGAGGAGAGUGUUUGAUUUCACUCUGUUCUCUUUAAGCUUCAUCUGCGUUAAUACUUGAGCCUUCGUUUCUUAUUAAUCAUCACAUAUUAAACCAGAAGGCUUUUUCCCAAGUGGUUUGAUUCUCCAAACUGGUUUAAUUUUUUUUUUUUUCUCUUGGACAGUGUUAUUCGUAAUCUGUAACAUUUUUUACGGUAAAUUCAGUGAGAUCUGAUUCUCUCCAUUAAAUAUUCCUAAUGAUAUUAAUAAUACUACUGGUAAUUAAUUUAAGUUUAUCAGUUUUUAUAUAAAAAAACAGGUGAUUAUUUGACACUUAAGGGUGUAUCUUGAAGUAUCAGAAUCAUAUUUUACCCCCCAAAAUUAGGAGAUACUGUUAAUUGUGUUAAUGUAAUUAUAUUUUUCAUACAUAAAAAUGAUGUCUAUUUCAGGACUGUUACAGCACUUUUUUCAUGAAAUUAAAGGGACAGUUCACCAAAAAACGAAAAAACUACACAAUAUUAUUUAUUUACACUUAAAUUAUCUUUUUUGAGAGAACCGUCUCUUUAAUAUGGAAAAAAUACAUGAAUGUAAUUUACCUUAUUGUAUAUCGCGUCAUGUAAAAAUGUAUAUUAAUAACAGCAUAACUUCAUUACAACCAUUUCUACAAUGAUAAAUAUUUACUUUAUAAAUGUACAAAUACAUUUGUACAGAUAAAUAUGUAAAGUAUAGCGUUUGCUUGGGAAUUGGGACAUAAAUUAAUAAAUAUUAAUGUUCAUCAAAUAUAUUUAAUUUACAUUUUUUUUGGUGGAGGAGUGAAAUAUGAGUCUGAGCCUUCCUUACAGUUUCUCCCUUCAAGUGUUAAAGGGAUAGUUCACCCAAAAAUGAAAGUUCUGUCAUUUAUUUACUCACCAUUUACUUGUUUCAAACCUUUAAGAGUUUCUUUCUUCUGUUAAACAAGCUAGAAGAUAUUUUGAAGAAUGUUGGAAACCUGUAACCAUUGACUUCAAUAGUGUUUGUUUUUCUACUAUGGAAUUCUGUGGUUGCCGGUUUCUAACAUUCUUCAAAAUAUCUUCUUUCGUGUUCAACAGAAGAAAGAAACACAUAAAGGUUUGGAACCACUUCAGGUAAGAGUAAAUAGUGAGUAAAUGUUCAUUUUUAGGGUGAACUGUGCUUUUAAUUCCCUGUAAAUAUGGGCUCUAUAUAAUAUACCAUACUUAGGCUUUGAGUUUCUUUAUUUUUGUAUUAUUUGAGUUUGAUUCUGCCAAAUACACAAGGAGUUUUUGCCUGGUCUUAUGAUUUUGCCCUGCGCAGGAAUGAGCAAAUGAAGACCAGCAUUUUUAUACAGUACUUUAAAACAACACACACUGCGGUUUAAAAAGCUCAAAGAGACUCCAGAUGGUUCAAGCUGCUCAUUUCAUCACUUCAGGAUGGGCUUCAUUCCAGGUCAGUGCAAAAAAAAGUCACGUGGUGUGUUUUAUAUUGUGGAGCUGAAGGUCAGGUAAUGAAUGAGAUCUGUACUGUAAUCGAUGAGCAGUGUGUGUUUGUGUGUAUCCUUUAUUUCGGAGGAGCAGCUUCGGAGAAAUAUGGGAAGAUCUGCUCCUACGUGCUGCGAUGCUGUGAAGAAUAAAACUGGAGGAUGUGGAAAAAAGAUGAAGCCAUUGGUCAAACUCUUUAAUUUGGUAAAUCACAGACUUCCACACACACACACACUCAAUUCAAACUCAUGAACGAUGUACAGUGUAUUAUUUAAUGAGCACUUUUUAUGAAGACCCCUGUUUCCAGGCUUUUUCUUUUUUUAGCUGAAUGGUCUGCAUCUCUUGUAUGAACUCAACACUGUUGUAAUGUAAGAACAAACAGUACAUAUUAAAAGACUUCUGAGAAACGGA